AUGAGAAAACAGGCUCUUAAACGUGAUUUAUAUAUUGCCUUGGGCUUGACGCUUUGGGCAGCUUAUAUUCGACUUUGGAAAAUAUGGCAACCACCUUCUGUUGUCUUUGAUGAGGUUCAUUUUGGUGGAUUUGCUACUAAAUAUAUCAAGACGCGGUUUUUUAUGGAUGUGCAUCCACCCUUGGCAAAAAUGUUGAUUGCUCUUGUGGGUAAAUUAGCAGGCUUAAAAGACUUUGACUUUAAAGACAUUGGAAAGGAUUAUCUUGCGGACAAUGUUCCAUAUAUCCCAAUGCGAGUAUUUUGUGGUCUCACAGGAUUACUCGUUGUUCCUAUCGCCUAUCUUACAAUACGUGGUGCUGGUCAUUCAAUUGCUGCUGGAUUAGUUGCUGCUCUCAUGGUGUGUUAUGAAAAUGGAUUGAUCGCAAACAAUCGACUCAUUUUACUGGACCCACCUCUUUUAUUCUUUACCUCAAUCACAACACUAGCAUGGACCUAUUUCUUUAACCAAAAGCGUAGACCGUUUCAAUUUUGGUGGUAUUUUUGGCUAGCAGCCACAGGUGCAGGAUUAGGACUUACGGUCAGCUGUAAGUGGGUGGGAUUAUUUACGAUUGCAACCAUCGGUACAUCAACCGUCAAGAAUUUGUGGGAGCUUUGGGGAAAUACACGCAUAUCAAAAUAUGUUUUUAUGAGACAUUUUGGAGCGAGAGCACUUUGUUUGAUUGUAUUGCCUAUCAGCCUUUACAUGAUGAUGUUUGCAAUUCACUUUCAUUCAUUACCCAACAGUGGUGAAGGUGACGGAUUCAUGACACCCGAAUUUCAGCAGACACUGGAUGGACAUACUCAUAUUCAGUCACCUAUUGAUAUUGCAUAUGAAUCUAAAGUAUUCAUCCGACAUGUGGCUACCAGAGGAGGAUAUCUUCAUUCACAUCCACACAAUUAUCCUGGGGGCAGCAAACAACAACAGGUGACACUUUAUCCUCACCGUGACGAUAAUAAUUGGUGGACAUUUAGAAAAGUAGAUGAUGAAGAAACAAAGGAAAUUGAAUACAUCAAGCAUGGCGAUAUUGUUACCUUAAAACAUUCUGACUCCGUCAAGAGAUUACAUUCACACGAUAUAAGACCGCCUAUGACUGAUUUGGAGUAUCAUAAUGAAGUGAGUGCUUAUGGAUUUGAGAAUUUCACCGGAGAUGCCAAUGAUAAUUGGAGAGUAGAAAUUGUAGAAGGUGAUAAACGUGACCCGGUGUCAAAGGAGCGAAUAAGAACGAUCCAUACCAAGUUUCGUCUGGUUCAUGUCAUAACAGGAUGCCAUCUCUUUUCACAUACUGUUAAAUUACCAGAGUGGGGUUUCGAUCAACAAGAGGUAACAUGUAUCAAAGGAGGCAAAGUACCAAAGACCUUGUGGUAUGUAGAGACUACGGAAAACCCAAUGCUGCCACCCGAGACAGAAAAAGUAACUUAUAAUAAGCCCGGCUUUUUUGCCAAAUUUGUCGAAUUAAACAAAGUGAUGUGGGAUACAAACAAAGGCCUGACCUCAUCGCAUCCUUAUGAUUCAAGGCCAGAGUCUUGGCCAUUGCUGCGACGAGGAAUUAACUUUUGGUCCAAGGACAAAUUGCACAUCUAUCUGUUGGGUAAUCCACUCGUCUAUUGGUCUGCUACUUGUUCCAUCUUUGUUUGUCUUAUCGUGAAGGCCGUUUUUCUUCUCUUAGACAAGAGAGGUAUUCAAAAGGACUUUGGAGAGUUAAGAAAACAUUAUGAUGAAUCAGCUGGAUUCUUCCUCAUAGGCUGGUUUUUUCACUAUGCGCCCUUUUUCCUAAUGGGGAGACAGCUGUUCUUGCAUCACUAUAUGCCUGCACUCUAUUUCUCAAUUUUGCUCUUUGCCGUAGGAUUUGAUUUGCUGACGAUUCGUUUAGUAAAUCGAAAGCGAUUGAUGGCUGCUGGAGUAUGGAUCUUGAUGGUUAUCUAUGUUUAUCGAUGCUUUAUACCCAUUACAUAUGGUGAACCUUGGACACAAUCGCUGUGUGAAAAAGGAAAGUGGAGGUCAACAUGGGAUUUUGAUUGUGCACAGUAA